AUGCCUUCAUCAUGGCAACGGCUUCAUGUGUCCCACAGAGGAUUACCUCCGCUGCUCUUUCAAUAUACCUGGACUCAGCAAGGCUAUGAAAUCUACCUCACAGAUCUCACAUGUGUUUGGGCAGAGCGGCUGUUCUAUGAGGACAUUGCCAAAAGAGCAGAGGAAGAGGCUGCAACGAUCGACCCCGGAGAGGAUCCAGAACAGCUCAAAGUCCUCCUGGAGAAAAUCGGACAAUCUCUCCAGGAGGGCAAAGAAAGCACAGUCCUAAGCUGUGGGACGCAAACCGACUCGCUUGAAAUCACAACAACAACCAAGCUACCGGCACCGUUGAAGCCGCUAAUAUGGCCUUUGAAGCUUUCAAAAGAGCCCUUGUCCGCCGUGAAAAGUUGCAUACUCAUUCCACUGUUGAAAGAGCAGGCAGAUAUGGAGUUGCGCCAGCGCUCUUUGCUCAGUCAGAUCAAACAGAAAGACUAUGUGCUGGGCAGAUUGUUUGACAAGCUUGAAUCUCUAGGUGCUGAACUGGGAUCUGUGUUUCCGAGCGCUGCAGGUUUACGCACAUCUCGCAAAGGCAGUACACGUUCUGAGGCCGGAAGAUUUGUGAAAGGUAUUGCGCCGUUCGACGAAGAGGCCUGGCUCGCCGAAGUCGGAUCCUCUACUGGCACAGGAUUUGGAAUCCAUCUGUUCCACGAGAUCUUGGAAUCAGGAAAGAUCGAGGGUUUGAAAAGCAUUAAUCAUCAGGGCGAAUGGUGGCAUCAACUUCAGAGAAGCGCUCAGAAACAUACGAGAGAAGCAACUCCAUUUGAAGAGGAAGUUGCUGUAAGUCCAAAGAAGCAAUCUACAGGCCCUCGACCACAACAUCAUGCCGAGGAAGGCGAAUCAACGGCAAACAGCGAUCCCGAUGGGUUUGAGCGACAAGAAACACCUCCACAUCUCAAGCGCCAGCAUGUUCAAGAGUCGGUUCCCUCGCCAAGACCAAAGGCCAAAAGGAAGAGUCCAACUUCACCAGCUCCGUCAGAAGAAGACGAAGCUACAGCAUCAGAUACCGACCCUGAGCCUGAACUAGCACCAAAACUAGCACCACGCAAAAGCCGUAUUUCAAGUAGCUCGCCUGAGCCUGAGCCUGAGCCAGCUUCACCCGCACCCAAGAAGAAGCCAAGAGGCGGGUUGGGUGUUAUCGGUGGCAAGAAGAAAAAAGACCCGGAGCCAGAGCCAGUCUCUUCCUCGCCGAAGCCCAAUCAGCAACUCAAAUCACCGGAAGAGAAAGCAAGCAAUGACAAAGUUCGUUCAACGUCCCCAGCGCCAGCAUCAGCCAAACCGAAACGUACCGGCAAGUUGGGCGUGAUAGGCGGCAAAGCCAAAACCAAAGGCAGCCAACAACCCCAAUAUGAGCCUCCUUCAUCUACAUCCCAAACAGUAGUUGCUUCAUCCGAGCAAGCAUCACCCGUCAAACCCAGACCAGCCCAGAAAGACAAUGCCCCGGAGCCAACAGCUCAGCAGACUAUCAAGCAGGAAGAAUCACCCAUACUCAAACCAGCCGCUGAGAGAGCUAGCGCCAAUCCCCCCGCGGAACCAGAGACAGAAGAUCAGCGGGCAUCACGGAAACGCGAAGAAUUAAAACGGCAGCUUGAGGCGAAGAGCAAAGCCCCCGCCAAGAAAAAGCGGAGGUUCUAA